CCUUGUUGUCCAUACAACUACGGUGUAGCAAAAUUUAAUCUCCAGUGCAAUAUAAAAAGGAAGCACCGUUUGUUCUAUUCUCGAUCUAGUGUGCAGAAAAAGGGUAAAGUUGCAGAACAUGGGUGCCUUGCUUCUCAAGAAGACUUGUCUCCUCUUUCUCAUCAUCUCAGCUUCAAUUCUAUCAACUUCAUUUGCAGGUGGCAGACAAUCCAGGUUUGUGAACAACUCAGAGAAGGAACUGGGUGCUACUCAGAAGGAAGAAGUUUACCAUGACGAAGCAUUGUAUGAAAUCCAUGAAAGGUUUCUUAAGUUAACACCAAAGACUACGGAAGAUAUGAUCCAGCACCAGCAUUAGUCAAGCCUCCUUUUAAGCUCAUUCCCAACUGAUGUUAUAUUUGUCAUCAGGGUCGGCAACCGACAAGACCUGUCGUUUUAAGCUUCAAAUUGUCAUCGACAACCGAAGAACCAUUAGUACAUAUAAAUAUAUUGUCAUUGACAACAGAAGAACUAUUACUACAUAUAAAUAUAUUGUCAAGUUAAUUUUGAGAUGCUUUGAGGGUUGACAACGCCCUAGUACUGAUGAAGAACGAGGUAAAUGCGGGUUAAGUUUAAGUUAAACAGUCAGAGUAAAUAUUUAAUGUAACAACUAUUCUAUA